AUGGCCAGCAUGGUGUCAGUAUGGCAAGACGACCUCCUCGCCAUCGCCCCGGAAUACUGUAAGAAGGUGAAGGACGCUAUUACGAGUCGGAGGAUUGGGGUCGAUGGAGUACUACUGGACGAUAUGAAGCUAUUAGAACCAGUGCUGAUGAUCGACCUCGACCUGGCUAAGGGACUUUAUUCGGUUCCAGUUUUGCAGGAGGAUCUGGCGAAUUUUUUCACAGACUUUGGAGAUGCCAAAGAAGGGGAUGGAUUCUAUGUCGCAAAAGAAUCGCACAAUAUUCAAGCCAUAAACGCAACUAUUGGUGGACGACCAGCCCAUUGCAUCCUCAACGGAGGCUGCAGUAUCGUGGUGAUGUCGGAUGCUGCCUGUAAUGCGUUUGGUUUCACCUUCGACCCUGAAAAGUGCAUAAACCUACAAAGUGCAAAUGGGAACACCGAUUGGUCACUGGGACUAGCAAAGGACGUACCAUUCCGCUUCGGCGACGUAGUGGCCUUCCUCCAGGUCCAAGUCGUGGACUCCCCGGUGUACGACUUCAUUUUAGGUCGUCCCUUUGAAAUUCUGAUGCAAGCCUCCUACAAAAAUUUCCUCUCAGGUGAUCAACACCUUACACUGACUGACCCCAACACAUACAAAACUACUACAAUCCCGACCGUUCCUAGAGAGCCGCCGCGCUUCAGAAAGGAGGAUGCAUCCCUUCGCGAUAUGGAAUUCGGAGAGCUGGAAGUGGAUGAAGAAGCGGCGUUCAUUGUUGAGUUGAACACCGCUGAGCUAUCAGCUGACUCGUCCAAUUUCCGAGGACAUAUCUCAAUUCCCCUUAUUUCCGCCAGCCUCGGGGAAUCCCCGGGCAUUGACAAACUUAAUCUAGCAUUUUUACACGCUCACGUGUACUUCACCUACGAUGCGCCCAUUGACUCUUUCUCCCUUUGCUCAGCUAUCUCAGCUGAAGACCCUUUCCCUACAUCUGUAUUCCCUUGCAUGGACAGGAGUACAACUCCUAUCCAGCAGGACUUAGUUACAACCACUCCCAAAAAUUGUACCCUCUCUCCCUCAAAUAAAAAUUCUCGGAUUUUUGAAACAUUUGCCGCGACUAAGAAAAGGUACAAGCCUGUCGAACGACGCACCCAACCAGUACCAGCAACGCUCCCAGAGAAGUUCCGAGUGGUCAGACAGUUUCCAUCCGACCCUCUCGAACACCUACCUAUAUUAAAACCGAACCCACCGCCAUUCGUUUUUACCAGCCGUUAUACGCAAGAAUGCAAAGAAUUCAUGGAUUCAGUCCACGACCCGAACUUCCUCUGGCCUCAAGAGAUGGCGGCAAUCCACCAUUUGAUGAUGCUGCACAAGAAGGUGUUGUUAAGAUCAUGUACACCGUGUAACCGUGCCAAAGCCACAAGGUGUCUAAGUGCGGAAGACGAGUGGGACAGUAGUGAAGUUAUUAACAACACCGCCGUUACGCCGUUAGUCCCCGGAGAUCGAGAGUAG